GGUCGCGGUGGCCAGCGCCGAGCCCAGGGCUGCCGGCCGCCGGUGGUGGCUGGCUUCGGGAAAGGGGAGCCAGAGCCCUCCGGACCCCACCCACGCUUCCAGUUCAAGCUGGAGGAGAACAACGGCAUCCAAUAGAAGACCUUGGACGUUGGAAAGUGUAUAGUUUCCCUAUUUUACACCUGAAGAAACUGAAGCUCAGAAAAGGAAUUGGGAGACGUACCUGGAGAAAUGGACGCUAGAAGAAAACACUGGAAGGAGAAUAUGUUUGCUCCUUCUUUUAGUGCACAGGAUGUUCUAGAUGAGGCUUCCCAGCCUGAAUCGUCUUCUGAACAAAUGACUUUAGAUAAGGCCAAUAGAAUAGAAGGGAUUUAUAAUUUGUCUAGUAGGAAGUUUCAAGAAGAAAAUAAAUUUCAGCGGAAAGAAUUUAUUUCUCAACUAAGUGAAAAAGAACAAGAACCAAAUUUGAGAGAGAGAAAGAUAAACAUUUCAAAGAAUGAAGCAGACACAAAUUCUGUCUCCUGUGAAUCAUCUACUUUGGAUGUGGUGACUGAAGAAAGCUUUAUUAGCACGGAAGAUCAUGCUACCUGGAGUACAAAGGAAUUACCAGUCCUCCCGCGGCAAGACACCAAGAAGAAAUUCACCGAAGGAAUGUCUCCGAAACUUCGCCUGAACCUUUUGAACGAAGAACUGGAAGAACUUAAUAUGAAAUGCAGAAAAAUAGAAGAGGAAUUUGAAAAUGCCGAAAAAGAACUCCUGAACUCCAAAAGAGAAGUCUCUGCAAAAUCCCUAAAUUUUCAGGACACAGGGACAGAUGCUUCCAAGAAGGACUGGGAGCUCCAAGCUUUAAGAAACGACCUAUCUGAAAGAGUGACUAACGUCCAGAACCUAACCGAAGAACUGCAGCAAGCCAAAGAGGUCAUCCACAGGCUGAGCCGAGAGAACCGAGAUUUAAAGGAGGCUGUUAGGAAACUGAAGCGUCAAACUGAGAUCGGAAACACGCUCCUGAAGGAAGAAAUGAAACUGUACUACGAACUAGAGAUGGAAAAGAUCCGCAGGGAGCUGGACGCCAUCAAGAACGAGCUGAGAGCUGAGAAGAGCCUACAAGCAAGAAAUAACAGGGCCCUGGAGCUGCUUCGGAAGCACUUUGCUUCUGUAACAUCAUCAAGUACCCUCGACAGCUUGACAGAAGAGUUUUUUUAAAACUUAACAAAAAU